UGCAGGGCAGAAGUGGUGAGCCUCUGAACCAUCAAUCGGCUUUCUAAGGUUCUGCUUUCAGCAUGAAGAAAAAGGACUUCAGCUUCUGGCCAUAGUGGAUUUUGGAUACAGUGUUGAAACAAAAAGGUUGGCCAUGGACUUUACCACAAGUAUAUGGACUGGUUUCUUAAAAAAAAAUACUGCUUCUGCUCUGGAUUUUUCAAAAUAAUCCUCAUAAUCCUCAACUAUGGGAACAAUGUUAGGAGGAAGAAUACUGUGACAUAUAGUAACAUCUCAUGUCCACACAAUUAAACACAUGGAGUUCUUUUUUAAGGAGUUAUUUUUUAUAUUUCUGUGAACUGUGAGUGUACUGUACAAAAUGAUCCUUUGGACCACAUCAUGUGGAAAAUCCUGGCUGCCCUGCACUGUGAAAAGGACUGUCCACCUGUGUGUUUGAGUGUCACUAGUGGGUGUGUACCUGUAUUUGUGUACGCCCACAGUGGUAUGACACAGUAGAAGUGAGAGGAGACGACAUUUCCGGACCGUUCUUUAUUUACAAUGCAAGUUCCAGCCGGUGUGGCUGCAAUUUCCUGUCUUUGUCCUCUGGUGGUCUUCCUAUGUGUUGUCUCCCAGAGUUGUUAUGGGACCCGGGUCGAUCUGAGCCCCCACACUAAUCCCAACCCCAUCCUGUAUCCUAAUCCGCGACUCAAAUCAAUGCCUGAACCAACUCCAUUGCCAAGCUCCAGUCCUGAAAAACACAUGUCUCCACAGAGUCCGAGCCAGAUCUCAAGCUCCAUCAAGAAGCUCCGGAGCAAGUCUCAGUUCAAGCCUAUGUCCUAUCUUACUGACAGCCAUACGGCCAACACAAACUCUCCAUCAUCAAUCUCCACCAUUACAUCACACUCAAGCAGUAGACUCAAGCUCCAGCAUGCCACCAAACAGAGUUCCAGUUCAAGGCAAGGGCUGGCGUACAAAUCAAGCACCAAUCAGGAGGCAGGAAAUACUUUAAACAACCCAAAAAUCCACCCAAAAACCAAUCCAUUACCAAGGCUUGGAUCACUGUCGCAGCCAAUGGCCAAAACCAAUUUUAAGUCAUUUCGUAGCACUAAAUUAUCUAAUCAAACGUCUGAUCCAUCUGGUACAAUGAAUCCUAGCAAUUACUACAAUACCAGCCCGGCUUCGCUAUCCAAUUCUAAAUCCCAUUCCAAACUCCCAUCUUCACAAAUAAACACAAAUGCCAACUCUGACUCCAAGACCUCCAAAGCAUCUUUCAGAGUACAGAGUAAUGAAACCAAGUUACCGGAGACAGACAAGGAUUCCCAGCAUCGGCCCAAGAGAGGAUGGAUCUGGAACCAGUUCUUCGUUCUGGAGGAACACAUCGGACCUGAACCUCAGUACGUUGGGAAGCUCCACUCCAACUCUGAUAAGGGCGACGGGUCUGUGCGCUACAUCCUGUCCGGGGAGGGGGCCGACUCUAUCUUCCUUAUUGACGAGACAACGGGUGACAUCCACGCCACGAAGAGCCUGGACCGUGAGAGGAAGUCCCAGUAUGUCCUACAUGCCAGAGCCAUCGACCGGCGGACUAACCGUUCCCUGGAGGCAGAGUCAGAAUUCAUCAUCAAGGUCCAGGACGUCAAUGAUAAUCCUCCAACGUUUCCUGAUGGACCGUUCUCAGCAACCGUACCUGAGAUGUCAGAUGUUGGAACAUCAGUUCUGCAGGUGACAGCCUCAGAUGCAGAUGAUCCAACCUAUGGGAACAGCGCCAAGAUAGUUUACAGCGUCCUGGAGGGAAAGCCUUACUUCUCCGUUGACCCCAAGACAGGUAUCAUCCGUACAGCGAUGUCCAACAUGGACCGUGAGACCAGGGACCGCUACGCUGUGGUGAUCCAGGCUAAAGACAUGGCGGGCUCGGUGGGGGGACUGUCUGGAUCUACCACGGUCAACAUCUCCCUCUCUGAUGUCAACGACAACCCUCCAAAGUUCCCACAGAAGAGCUACCAGCUGUAUGUCCCAGAGCUGGCUCCAGUCAAGAAGGCAGUGGGUCGGAUCAGAGCCAACGAUGAAGACGAAGGGCAGAACGCUGAGAUGACCUACAGCAUCACUAACGCUGAUGCAGCCGCCAUCUUUACCAUCACCACUGAUGUGGACCGCAGGGAGGGAAUCAUUUCCCUCAAGCAGCCUCUGAACUAUGAGAAGAGAAAGGUUCACACUCUGAACAUCGAAGCCUCCAACACUCAUCCAGACUCCAGCUUCUCCCACCUGGGACCCUUUAAGGAUUCCACAUCACUCCGAGUCAUUGUGGGUGAUGUAGACGAGCCUCCUGUCUUCUCAAUGGACUACUACAUUAUGGACAUGUAUGAAAACUCACCAGCUGGCACCCAGGUUGGCACGGUAACCGCUGUGGACCCUGAUAGCACCAACAGCGCUGUCCGGUACUUCAUAGGAAAUGAAGAGGACAGAUCUCUGUAUUUCACCAUCGGAGUGAACAGCGGCAUCAUCAGGACCACUCAGCUUCUGGACCGGGAGGAGACCGCCUGGCACAACAUCACUGUGAUGGCUGCAGAGGUUGAUAACCCUCGUAUGGUGAGUCACGUCCCCGUCACCAUCCAGGUCCUGGAUGUCAACGACAACAGUCCAGCCAUCUCUGGGGCCAACGGGGACAUCUUUGUUUGUGAGAGCACCAAAAAUGGACAGGUGAUUCAGACCAUCCGAGCAGCAGAUCUGGACAAUUUUGCGAAUGGAAGGUUUUCCUUCUACGUGCCUGCUGAGCUUCCAGCCAAUCCAAAUUUUACUGUGAAGGACAAUGGAGACAACACUGCCAGUAUAAUAUCUCACCGGCGUGAAGGCUUCAGCCAGGACCGGGACCAGGAGGUGUUCAGCCUGGUGCUGGUGGUGUCUGAUGGAGGCGAGCCUCCUCUCAGCAGCACCGCCACUCUCUCCCUCAGGGUGUGUGUGUGUCAGAGGACCAGCAGGGGGCGCUACAGCAGCAAUGUGUGUCAGGCCCAGGCCUUCCUGUCCUCAGCCGGUCUCAGCACCGGGGCUUUUGUGGCCAUAUUGCUUUGUAUUGUCAUAUUAUUAGCCAUAGUGAUGCUCUUCACCCAGCUACGCAACAAGAAAGCAAGCAAAGAGCCCCUGAUCCUCUCUGAGGAGGACAUCAGAGAAAACGUGGUCACCUAUGAUGAUGAGGGCGGCGGGGAGGAAGAUACAGAGGCCUUUGACAUUACUGCACUUAGAAACCCUAAAGCCUCCGAUCCACACAGGAAGUACCACACAUACUUCGUCCAGGGACCGAGCCUGUACGGAGAGGAGGAGGAGAUGGAGGAGGAGAAGCUGGAGGAGGAGGAGGAAGGGAUUGUGGUGGUGAGAAGGAGGAAACCCCUGGAGGACUACAGGAACUACAGCCCCGAGGCAGAAGCUUCCUGGUUCGUUAUUGACUGUGUUCCUCCAGAGAUCAGCCAAUCAGCUCCUUCGCUCCUGCUGGAUGCUCAUGACAUCAUCCAUGAGAUCCUCCAGCAGAAGGUGGCUGAGGCAGACUGUGACACACGGGGCCCGCCCUAUGACUCACUGCAGACAUACGCCUAUGAGGGCCAGGGGUCCUUGGCGGGGUCCGUCAGCUCCUUGGGCCUGACCGGAGCAGGGCCCGAACUAAACUAUGGCUUCCUGGAGGACUGGGACACAGAGAGGCUGACCACAGCUCACCCUGACACCUGAAGACUGGUGGUUUUUUUACUUAUGGCCAGGUUUGCUGAAUGAGAUAGUGUGCGGGUAUACUAAUGCAGCUAUUCUCAACCUUGGGGUCGGGACCCCAAUUGGGGUCGCGAGAUGAUUUCUGGGGGUCACCAAAUCAUUUUGGAAGUCAGCUCUGUCUCCACUGUGUUAAAGUGUUCAUGUGUUUUAUUCCUCUGGUCAUUUAAUGUCUUUUUUGGUCAUUUUGUGUCCUUUUUUGAUCAUUUUGUGGUCAAUUUGUCUUUUUUGGUCAUUUUGUUUCCUAUUUUUGGUCAUUUUGUGUCUUUUCUGGUCAUUUUGUGACUUUUUUUUUAUCAUUUUGUGG